AUGGCGUGUUCCUCUGCGCUACACCUGAAUUCCUUCCCAUUGACCUCGAACAAACCACUCUCUGCUUCUUCAGCUCGCCCUAACUCUACGUUUUGGCCGUAUUCUAACGGCACGAACCGUAUGAUAGACCCGCUCUCUGUAUCUGCAUCUCUCGGCUCCAAUUGCGUUGGCGCCACCGACGUUGAGACCACAAAAAUCGAUUGUCCUACGCUAACUCUACGGGAGCUAUGUCGAGGUCACGUGCCGGAGCACAUUAUGCACCGGGCGGAGGAAAUUGGCUACAUCACGCCGACUAGUGUGCAGAAAGAAGCGCUGCCGGUGUUGUUCUCCGGCCGUGACUGUGUGAUUCAAGCGCAGACAGGUUCAGGAAAGACCCUUGCGUACCUACUUUUAAUACUCUCUGUUGUCAAUGCUCGAAGGUCGGCGGUCCAGGCCCUAAUCGUUGUUCCCACACGAGAACUCGGCAUGCAAGUCACGAAAGUUGCACGUACAUUGGCUGCAAGAUCACUGGAACUUGAAUCUGAACAGAAGGCGUGUUCAGUCAUGGCGCUUUUAGAUGGUGGAACAUUGAGAAGACAUAAGAGCUGGUUAAAGGCAGAACCCCCAGCUAUAGUAAUUGCUACUUUGAAGUGUCUCUGCCAAAUGCUAGACAGGCGAACUCUAAAGUUGGACAGCAUGCGUGUCUUGGUAAUAGACGAGGUUGAUUUUAUGUUCUAUUCUUCCAAAGAAGUUAGCUCUUUGAGGAAGCUCUUGACGAGCUUCUCGUCGAUCCAAAAGCGGCAAACCAUAUUUGCUAAGAGAUAUUCAGCACUCGUGCAUUUGUUACAGUCAGACGCACCUCAAUCUGCCAUCAUUUUUGUUGGAGAGCAGUCUGAGAAAUCGAAAAAAGCUGGAAAUCCUCCACCAACAACUCAUCUAAUCGAAUUUCUGAAAACCUCUAUUGAUGGAUGCCCGGAGUUGGUCCUGUUAGAAGAAGACAUGAAUUUUCACAAACGAGCUGCAUCCUUAACCGACAUAAAGCAAUCAGGAGGCUAUAUUCUAGUUGCAACUGAUAUUGCUGCCCGAGGGGUUGACCUGCCAGAAACAACCCAUAUAUACAACUUUGACCUUCCGAAAGAUGCAGUACAUUAUCUUCACCGAGCGGGAAGAACAGGUCGAAAGCCAUUCUCGGACAGUAAAUGUUUUGUUACCAGCAUUGUAACUGCAGAUGAACGGUUUGUAUUGGAGAGGUUCGAAAACGAAUUGCUAUUCCAUUGUGAAGAACUAUCAUUCAGUGUAUAA